AUGGACACGGCGGGCGGCAGAGGGGCGCGGCCCCGGCGGGGGACGCGUUCCGCAGCUCCGCGGAGCCGGGGCAAGGAGAAGGGCGCAGCCCGAAGCCCCUCGCGGGGCCGCGUCGCGGGUGAAGGCUCGAGCGCCAUCGCGACCCUCCGGGCACCGCGGUCGGACGGAGCCCCUGCCCGGGGCGGCCGCUCGGCGCGGCGAGCCCCCGCUGCCCGGGAGCUGCCGGCGGGCACGGCGGCGGGCGGCGCAGAGGCGCUCCCCGCCCCGCGGAGCAGGGCGCCGGCCGCCAGAGCCCCCGAGGCCCAGGGGAGCGUCGCGGCGGUGCCCGACGGAGCCCUCUCCGCUGCUGCUGCCGCCGCCCGUCGCCCCCCGCCGGCGUCGGACGCCUUGCGGCUCCGGGAGGUGCUGUCGCGGCUCAGCCUGCCCCGCGAAGACGUGUCCGAGGCUUCGAAACUGGUGAACAAGGUGGUCUCGCACCUGGUCCAGGCCAUCCGCGGCAAGGACAGCUGCUUCAGCUCCAUCGAGCAGCACAGCGCCGGCAGCUACUACGAGCGUGUCAAGAUAUCUGAACCAAACGAGUUUGAUAUCAUGCUUGUAAUGCCUGUUACAAGGAUUCAGCUGGAUGAGUCUGAUGACACUGGAGCCUAUUAUUAUGUGUCAUUCAAAAGAAGUCCAAAAGAAAAGGGUUGGUUGAAGUUUUUAGAGGAAGAUGGAACAUUAUCAGCCUUUAAAAUGCUUCAAGCAUUAAGAGACAUUAUUAAACAGGAACUAAAGAACAUUAAAGAUGAAAUAUCACUUUCUUUGUUACUAGAUGUGGAAGUCACUGUGGCAAGGAAAAAGGCUGGAAGCCCUGCAAUAACUCUUCAGAUCAAAAAUCCUCCAUCAGAAAUAUCAGUGGACAUCAUCUUGACUUUGGAGGCUCAGCAGAGCUGGCCCCACAGCACACAGGCUGGCCUCAAAAUUGAACAGUGGCUGGGAACAAAAAAGAGGAGGGAUUUCAGAUUUAGAUCAAUUUAUUUAGUAGCCAAGCAAAACAAAAGAGAAAAAGUUCUAAGAGGGAACACCUGGCGACUCUCCUUCUCACAUAUUGAAAAGGACAUGAUAAAAAACCAUGGCAACUCAAAGACAUGCUGUGAAUCCAAUGGAUCAAAGUGCUGUAGGAAAGGUUGUCUUAAGCUGCUGAAAUUUCUUCUAGAGCAACUUAAAAUGAAAUAUCCAAAGGAAUUGGAAAAAUUCUGUUCCUAUCAUGUCAAAACUGCUUUUCUCCACUCCUGUGUUAUGUGGCCAAAUGACACAGACUGGUACUUGGGAAACCUGGAUCAUUCUUUUCAGCAAUGUCUGGGAUUUUUUGUGGAUUGUCUGCAAAAGUCUCAGCUGACUCACUUUUUUAUUCCUCAAUACAACUUGCUCAGCCUAGAAGAUAAAGCAAGACAUCAUUUUCUUUCAAGAAAAAUAAGCCAAGAAUUGAAUAAUGGAUUCCCAGUAUUUCAUGAGAAUUAUUAAGAACAUUGUUCACAACAGAUAUCUAAUCAUGUUGACUUACAUAUUUGAAACAAAAAAUUCUGCACCAUAAACGACUCUUCAGUAGCCUGUACUACAAAACCUGAAAAACCCAAACCAAAAUAAAAUCAAAACCACUAAGAGAAAAAUGUAUACUUCAGUCACACUGCUUGGCCAUAACCCUUAAAAGAAAUGUUUUAAGUAAUAUUUACCUUGCCUAUCCAAAUGUGGAUGUCACCUGCAAAAUAUCUUCAAGGUAUACUAAGAACGUAUAGAAGAAUUUGCAAUAGUUCAUUUCCCACAUGUAAUUUCUGUGUUUCCAAAUACAAAGGCAUGAAUGACUGCAUAAAGGGAAAAUGGACAAUUUUAUUUAAAAUUAAGAUCCAGUGCAGAAUAUCCAAAAUACACUCCUACUUUCAAAAGAAAAAAAACAACCAGUCAUUGGAGCUACUUUGACAUUAACCAGAACAACUUCUCCGGAGUACCUGGGUGGAUAUGAAGAUCUUUUGCAGAAGACAAUCACCAGCAACAAUUACCACAGAGAGAAUAUUUUAUCUGAGUAAUAUGAAGUUCUUGAAGAAACUUAUCCUUUGAGUCUUCAGAAUUACUUUAGAAAUCAAUCUUUUCAUUGGGCUUUGGAUGGGAAACAAUUGUUACCUAAUAUGCUGCAACAGCGUAGAUGGUUUUCUGCCAGUAAGCAUUUAUUUGUAUGGUGAAUAAUGGAGAAUAUGGAGAAAGAAACGGUGAAUAUGGAGAAAGAAAUGCAUCUUUCAACCUAUAACAAAGAGGAAGACUCUUGAUAUAAAAGGUUUUCAAAACCAAAAUGCAGCAUGAACUGGACACUCCUGAAAUUGAAAUUCAUAUCCGUUUUUCUCCUAUUGAAGAAAUGUGUUAGGAAAAAAAAUUAUAUUUCCUUUUACUAAAAUUGUGCAGGUGAGAAGCACACAGCAUUUGAGAACUGCUGUGCUGCAAAUAAAUCUUUUGCUUCUACUUAUAGAAGCUAUGGGAAGUCCAUAUUUUUAGCCUACUUUUUGAAGGCAAAAUAACAUACUGGCUUGAAUAAUGGCCAGAUUUACCUCAAUGAUGAGCAAAUUAAGAGGCAAGAAUAUUUAGAGAGAAAUUUUACUAAAAUACUGUCAUUUUACUGAAUUUUGUUAAUUCAUUUUUAUUUAAUCAUAUGACACACAAAUAAACACAAGUUCAGGCCAAGCAUCAAGUGAAGGAAUGACUCCUUCCCACAUAAAUUUCAAAGAGUAGAAAACAUGCCCCUUUAUCACUGGGAGUCUGUGUGACAGAACCUGACAUCCAAAUGUAAAGUGUGAAUUGACUUUAUCUGGAAGAAAUAAAAGCUGACCUUCAAAUGUAUUAUUUUCUCCAUGACUUUGUUAACAUUGCUCUAGUAAAUUCUGGUUUUACUCCUUAAGCUAGAAUAUUACAUCCACAAAAACCAAAAGCAGGUUUUCUUCCCCAAGUUAGUCACAAACAAGUACUUCCUGUCAUGCUCCCCUCCAUUACAAGAAAAUGCAGACCUCUCUCAAAAAAUCUUGAGACACAAGUCUUAACAAAAAUGACUACCAAUGUUAAGUCUUAAAAUAAGAAUAAACAUAACUUGCUUCAGCAAACAUAAGUAAUGGCAAACAGAGCAGUUUUCAUUAUCCUGAGAAAUCCUGCAUGCCAACAGCAUAUCAAGGCAAAAAGGUAUUUGAAAAAGUAUUGAAAAGGUAUGAAAAAAAGUAUUUUGAAACUACAUUGACAAACACUGCUUACAAUGAAUAAUCUGGUUCUCUGAAUAUAAAAGGAAAAAUUAUCUUUUACAUUCUUAUAUAGUAAUAUUGCAUUUAACUAAAAAAACCCCAAACCUACAAAGCCACAAUAUUAGUUUUUCACCAGUAGACAAUGGCUUUAGAAAUUUCAUACAUCACACAAGAAAGAAAAAUUAUGUGAAAAUAGUAUCCAAGUGCAAAACCAGAUUUAUUCCUAUAUAAAGUUAAUCCAGUUUUCUAAGAUGCUUUUGAGAAGUUUGUUUAAAUAGGACAGGUACAGAAAACAAACACUAAAUGAAACUGAUAAAUUCAAGCCCAAGGAAGCUAACACUAAUUAAAAUCACUUUCUCUGUUUCAGUAGCUUCAAGGGACUACACUUAUUUUGAGGGCUUUCUCCAAGGUCUUUGUAUAUCCUUUUCAAUUUCUUUUCUCAUUUGUGAUUGUUUGUAUCUUUCUGCCAUUGCAAUAAGCUUGUCAGGAACUACCUAUUAAGAGAGGCAAAAAAAAAAAAGGUGAAUUUUAAAUAAAUAUAAACUUUCAGACUGCUUUAUGAAAAUGCUAUUGAUUUCAUUAUUUAUGUGGCUCCUGUCGCUUUGCAGAUUCUUUUCUGUAAAAAUGCAGAGGGAAAUCUUUUUAAAUAAGGUGUACUGAAAUAUACCAAGAAAUAACGAUCAUAGUGUGUCUGGAUUUUCAAUAAUAUAUCUAUGCUUGUAUCAUCAUAACUGAUGGCAACAUAUAACUAACCAAUUACCUUUCUGUUUGAAUUAUAAUGUUGUAUCUUUUAGUCAUAAGAAACAGCUGGUAAAAUCAUCCAGUGCCACUUAAAGGUGAUAUACUAUAUACAUCUAUUGAAUGUUGAUUUGUAUUAAAUUCCUUAUGAAAGUU